AAGGAAGACGGAUGAAAAAUUAUACAAGCUAGGAUAGAUAACUACCUUUGUAAUAACUUAACGGUUAGUUUGGUGGUGAUGUUCAUCAAUCAAUCAAGAUGCACAUACACCAAAACAAUCUGUGUGUCUUAUUAAGUAACCUUCAAAACUCAACCUCGAUUCUUUCUCUUCAUUCGUAUAUUACUAUGGUAAGCUAAGCUAACUACAUCAAAUUAAGAUUGAAGUGGAAGCAAAGAAAUCAAAUCAAAACUACUGACCUAACCCCCAAUAAUAUUAAUGUAUUCCUCUAUAACCCCCUCUCUUUUCUCCUUCAAACAACAACAAUGGAACCCGCCAUCUCUACGCCUACGCAUAAUAAUGAUUUCAGCUCCACCAUCGACACCACUCGUCCCUUCACCUCCGUCAAAGAAGCCGUCGCCAUCUUCGGCGAGCGCCUUCUCGUCGGUGACAUGAACAUUUACUCUCCAAAGCCAUUCCCAGACCCUGCAUCUUCUCCUGUUCAGCAACUACCACAGAGUCCUAUCAUGAAAUCGAAAGAAGUAGAGGAAGACAACGGCGUUGUUCUUGAUACAUUGAAGAAGCUGGAGGCAGAGCUUGAAAAGACAAAGGCGGAGUUGAAGCUGCUCAAGGAAAGAGGGAGUGAGACGGAGGUGGCGUUGGCGACGCUGAAUGCAGAGCUCCACAAGAACAUGUCCAAGUUGGCGCAAGCGGAGGCCGCAGCAGCCAGGAAGGCUGCGGCGGCUACAAAGACGGUGAGGUUUGAGAUUGAGGAAAAAGGAGGUGAUGAAGAUGGAAAGGAAGUAGUGGAUAUAAUAAGAAAGAAGAAGGAGGAUUCAAAAACAUUGGCUCAUAUACUGAGCCUUGGAGAGAAUGAUCAUCUUCUAUUCGGAGGAGGUGGCAAAAGGAACAAGAGUAUGAAGCAGAAGCCUAUUAUUCCCCUUGUAGGGGAUCUUUUAUUUUUCAAGAGAAAGUCUUCUUCUACCAAUCCUCUUUAUGCUUCUCCUUUUUAAUCAUCAAUAAUGUAUAUUCAUGUUUGUUUCAUUUCUUUGUUUCUUUGGGGUUGGACAAAUGUAAAAUCUGUACUACUUUGUAUUUUCUUUUGCAACUUUGUCUCUUUCUUCUCUUGUUAUGGGAUAUGUCAUGCUCGUAAACA